AUGUCAUCUUCGCCCCCCGACAGCGACACUAUCACCUCAAGUAACGUCCCGGUGGCCAAGAAGGCUUGUCAUAGCUGUCGUCGCGCUCGACUGCGCUGCGAUAGGUCUAUCCCGCACUGCUCCAAAUGCGCUUCCAGGGGUGUUGAGUGUCUUGGCUAUGGCCGCCUAUUUCUAUGGACUGGCUCCGUCGCCACACGGGGGAAAUUGGCCGGACAGAGCUCGAGCGCCUCAGUAUGCCGGCUACCCAAGCAGGGUGAAUCGGUCAUGACAGAUGAGGUGUCACCAGAAAUGCAAAUGGGUUCAUUCGAUACACAAGGCCUUGAGCCUAGUGCUUGGGGUUUAAUGUCACCUCAGGAAAAUCAACUAUCUGUUAUAGAUAAGACUCAACCAUGGUCACCACCUUCACCCCCUUCGCCAACCUCAUCGAAUUCUCCAUGGACACUCAUCGAUCCAUUGUUUCAGGAUAUGACACAGUCGCAAAGAUACUAUUUGAAUUAUUUCUCAACACGAGUCAGCCUGGAUCUAGUUGGCAACGACCAAACCAACGGCAACAGGAAUCCUUACCUUAAUCUUCUACAGCUCACAAAUGAACAUACAUUCCUGCAACAAAUUAUCAUCGCGGUGUCUGCCGCUCACAUGUCAAAUAUGUCAAGACCAUGGCUUGAAUCUGAUCCGUAUAAACGGAAAGAGGCGCCAAAAAAGAUGCUCAUGGAUGCUCUCGUCGCCAAGCAAAAGGGUCUACAGAUGAUGCCCGAAGCUCUUCGGAACAUCGACACCAUUGGAGCUGAUGUGAUUCUUGCCACUGUUCUCUUUCUUAUCAAUUCAGAACUGAUAGAGUCUGGCUGGCAAAGUUGGCGGCCACAUCUCGAGGGCGCUAAGAAACUUUUGAAUAUGAUGGAGCCAUAUGCAAGUUUUGACACAAAGCUGCGGGACUAUAUCGUUGCAGACUGUUAUGUAUAUUGCACAUUGAGCUUGUCAUUUAACCCAUCAACACCAGGCACUCAAGCAGCUUCGUUCGCCCCAGGUCAGGUGAAAACAACAUUAUCCAGAACUAACAACUCGUUCUUUUGCUGUCCUCCUGAAGUUCUGGAUAUUCUUCGAGAGACAGCACAACUACUGCAUGCCGAGUCACAAGGAAGCAUCUCCAAUCAUGAGGCAUUACUUGAAAUCACCAAUUUGCUUGACCGCGCGCAAAGCCUCGACGUUCUCAAGUGGGCAAAAGACAGAAUGACCGACUCCAACGAAGCCGCGCUCUGGAGCAGCUGUCGCACCGGUUCUGCGCACAGACUGGCCACAUGCCUCUACAUCAUCCAGUCAUCUCCCGCACUGCGCGCCCGUAUGCCUGACCAAGUUUGCAAAGGUCUCAUCAAGGAUCUUUACAAGACGCUUCUGCCGUUGCCCGACGAAGACCCAAACUUCAAAGCAACGGGAUGGCCCACCUUUAUUUAUGGAACGACGGCAACGACUCCGGAGAGCCGGGCGUGGGUUAUGGAUAGACUAAAGAUGGUCGCGGCAAUUUGUCCAUGGGGAUUCCUCUACUCUGCGAUUGAUACUCUGCAGAUAUUAUGGAAGAACGACACGGACGGCGAGGGAUAUAUGGACUGGGUACAAAAGCUAAAAGAUUUGAAUGUGGACUUUUUGAUGGUUUAG